AUGGCGCAAGUACCGGUUCAGACGAUCCAUAGAGAUCCGCAGCUCUUCUAUUGGAUUCUGAUCCCCAUCACUGUGGUUAUGAUAUUGACAGGUAUCCUACGACAUUAUGCAACACUCCUCAUGGCCACGGCUCCCAAGAAGCAAGAUCUUCCUUCAAUCCGUGAGCAACGGUCCCUCAUCCGAGGCAUCAACCUCCGCAGCAACGCCCACGUCGUCUCCUCUUCCGCGUUCCAAACCCGAAAAGACUAUCUUGUUACAGAAUACGAGGACGGAACGUUCUUGAAGGAGCCUGACAAGAAGGGCCAGGCGGCGGCGAAUCCGAUGACGGACCCCGCGGCGAUGGAGGGCAUGAUGGGCAUGAUGAAGGGGAACAUGGCCAUGAUCGUUCCCCAGACGCUGAUUAUGGGAUGGAUUAAUGCUUUCUUUAGUGGAUUUGUUAUCAUACGGUUGCCGUUCCCCUUGACCAUUAAGUUCAAGAGCAUGCUGCAGGCGGGCGUGGCUACUAAGGAUAUGGACCCCCAAUGGAUGUCUUCCAUUUCGUGGUAUGUCCUGUGUAUCUUUGGGCUGCAGUCGGUGUUCAACUACCUUCUGGGAAGCGAUAAUGCUGCCAGUCAAAUGUCGCAGCAGAUGGGACAGAUGGGCCCAGGGGCUGGAGCACAGAUGUUUGGCCCAGGCGUGGACCCCCAUAAGCAGUUCCAGGGCGAGGCCGAGAACUUGGCCGUGUUAGCCCAUCAGUAUAUACUGGAGGGUGUGGAGGGCAGAUUACUGCAGAGUGUGAACGUCUCACUCGGAAGUGUUGUCACCCUCGUCGCCGGCCACGGUCCUCAGCAAGCUUCCUUUGUAGUGCACAGGGAGCCGCUCUCCCGCGCAAGUCCGUUCUUUAAAGCUGCUUGCAGCUCGAAAUGGAUGGGACCCCAACAGAGUCUCAUCAACCUUCCUGAAGAUGAUCCUGAGAUUGUUAAAAUGUUGGUCUUUUGGAUUUAUGAGGGUAGGAUUUGUGUGUCACGGGAAUCCGUGGAACUAACUUCGACUGCUCUCACUGUAGCUGAAGUCCUAGAAAGCUCCUUUGGCCUCUUCAUAAGAUUGUUUGUCCUUGCCGAGAAAUACCAAAUGGCGGCACUUCAGAAUGAUGCGCUCAAUGCGAUCAUAUGGAGGGGCCAUGACCGAAAACCACUUAAUAUUCUUCGAGUGGUCCCAUAUAUCUACCAAAAUACGCAUUCAUCCGAUUCGCCUCUUCGCAGACUAAUUGUCGAACUCACCAGUGCGGGUUGUGAGUCCGAGGAAAUACAACAAGUCAACGAGGAAAUUGGGUUGGGUUUCGAAUUCUUUCAAGAUUUUACUACUUGGUUUUUUCAAGACAUGGACCCGAACCCUGUCCCCCUGGUUUCUCCAUCAUAUAGCAAUGUAGUUCUUGCAAAAGCCUUCUGCGAUCAAUUUCACACGCAUAUUGAAGACAACCAUGACUGUCGUUUGUCUACAGGAAAGACGUUCCUAGAACUCAGACUCCCGAUGAUAGCCAUCUAUAAUGCGCUAGCUAAAUGCUAUGUCGGUGAGGCUGGUCGAGGAACGGGCUACCCCUACCUGCGAUGCCCUUGA